AUGGAGUCAGCCAGCCUGCCCCAGGCUGCCCAGGAUCUGGCCCCGAAGUCCCCUUCCAUCCACCUCUCAGCUGCCAGAGACAAGGAUGCCACAGAGAAGGAGCUGAAGGAGGAGAAGGCGGCCUACCACCAGAGCCCCAGUAAGAGGAUGGACCGUGUCGUGUCUGCAAACACCUUCCACAAGACGCAGGGCCUGGAACCCGGCCCUGGAGCCAGUCUCCACAAGACCCAGGACAGAGGGGCUGUGUGCCAGGAGGUGGUGCUGGGGGGCAAGUUGGCCGCCCAGACGAGCUUCUCGCUGCAGCGCCCGGACAGCUUCCCUGAAGAGGAUCCUUUGCAAGGGGCCGCUCUUUACCAGCGCCUCAAGGAGCACCUGCUAACCGAGGCCCAGCUCAAGGAGAAUGGCUACCCCUUCGCGCACCCCAAGCGGCCCGGGGGCGCUGUCCUCUUCACCACCCAAGAGAAGCUGCCCCCAGAUGCCUCCUGCAGGCUGUGCUGCCGCUGUGGCACCCAGUACCUCGUGGCCCCCUCGGGCCGCUGUGUGCACCAGGAAGAAUGUCACUACCACUGGGGGCGGCUGCGCCCCACUCCAGCGGCUGGGGGCUGGGAGAUUCAGUACACGUGCUGCUCGGCCCCCAUCGGCUCCCCUGGCUGCCAGGUGGCCCAGCAGCACGUGCAGGACGGCCGCCAGCAGGACCUGCAGGGCUUCGUGCAGACCUUGGACAAAGAGCUGCCCGCAGGGGCUCACCCUGGCAUCUACGCCCUGGACUGUGAGAUGAGCUACACCACCGCUGGCCUGGAGCUGACCCGCGUCAGCGUGGUGGACAGCGCCCUGCGGCUGGUGUACGACACCUUCGUCAGGCCGGACCGCGACAUCGUCGACUACAACACCAGGUUUUCCGGAGUCACCGCGGCUGACCUGGCCCGCACCAGCACCUCCAUCCGGGACGUCCAGGCCGCCCUGCUGACGCUCUUCAAUGCCCGCACCAUCCUCCUCGGACACAGCCUGCAGAGCGACCUGCUGGCUUUGAAGCUCAUUCACGGCACCGUGCUGGACACAUCUGUGCUCUUCCCGCACCACCGGGGCCUCCCCUACAAGCGCUCCCUUCGCAACCUCGCGGCUCACUACCUCGGACACGUCAUCCAGGACCGGACGGGUGGCCACAGCUCCAUCGAGGACGCCAGCGCCUGCAUGCGCCUGGUCAUCUGGAAGAUGGGACAAGACACCAAGACUCAGCACUGA